CCCUCAUUUAUUUCUGAGAGGCGAACAGCAGACAGGCAUUUGAGAUUCUAUAUAGCGGGAGAAUAUAGUGUUGGCAACGCUCUUUCAACCGCCAACAUUCCUCGACAUGCAGUUAUGAUUUUGUGGAAUUGACAACAAAGAACAGUGGAUUGGAGAAGGAUUGAGAUAUCAGUACAAAGAAACUAAGAGCGUCACCUACUCCAAGCAGUGUAGAGGGGGAAACCAACUACUGCAGCGCCAUGGCUGACCCAAUAAAGCUGGCUGACCCAAAGCCGGCUGAACUAAGAGACAGCAUGGCAGAUUUUACAGUUCAGACGGCCAAGCACUCCAACCCUCCAAUCUCCUCCACUCCCCUGCGGCCGCCCAGCGAACAGCAGUCCAAGGACCGGGCCUCCAAAAGGCUUUCCUCCGAGUCCAACGGGACCAGCGAGGGUGGGGCAGGGUCGCGGACGCCCGUGGAGAUAACCGCACUGGAGGAGUCGUUCCGGCGCUUCGCCAUCCACGGCGACACACGUGCCACAGGAAAGGACAUGCAUGGCAAGAACUGGUCCAAGCUGUGCAAGGACUGUGGCGUCAUCGACGGAAAAACUGUCACCCUCACGGACGUGGAUAUCGUCUUCACUAAAGUCAAGAAGAAAUCCUGUCGCACCAUCACGUUUGACGAGUUCAAGGCAGCGGUGGGAGAGCUGGCCAGCAAGAGAUUCAAGGAGAAAACGGGAGAGGAGGCGGAGGGGGAGGUCUUCAGGAUGAUUGAGGGGAAGAAACCGGUCAUUAAAGGAGUCACGAGAGCGGUGGCUUCUCCCACCGUGUCUCGUCUGACGGACACGACCAAGUUCACUGGGUCACACAAGGAGCGCUUUGACGAGAGUGGCCGUGGGAAGGGGAAGGCAGGUCGCGUGGACAUGGUGGACACAUCCGGGUACGUCGCAGGAUACAAACACCUCGGGUCAUAUGAGAAGAAAGUCACCAAGCCCACCGGGCCCCCUGGAGCCGGGCCCCCUGGAGCCGGGCACUCUGGAGGAGGGCCCCCUGGAGCCGGGCCCCCUGGAGCCGGGCACUCUGGAGGAGGGCCCCCUGGAGCCAAGCCAGUGUGAAGAAAGAAACAAACAGAAACAUAAGACCAACUACUAGGAUAAUAAUUCUCUAAAGAAAGAACUCCAUGAAACCACAACAAAACGAUAGGAUUUCAUAUUUUCUCACCCAUCUUGUUUUCUUUUCGCGAGUGGGAUGUUUUGAGUUCCUCUCUUUUUUGUUAUGUGUGAGAACUGGAAAACUGUUUACAUCAAUUUUUACAGCUGGUACAUUCCUGACAGAUCGCAAGUUACUGCCAAAGGUUCAAAUGAAGCCACCAACCAACAAGGGAAACAACUGUUUUACUCUGCAUUCUUUGAAACCUCUUCAUGAUGAUAGGCGUCUUCACAUAUGUAUUAUAAGCACUAUGAAUAACACCAUACCAAGAAAAACCAAUAAGAGAAGGAAGGGUUCGCCAAAUGAUAUAACAAGAUUGCAAUUUUCUUUUAAUGGGCAAUAGCUUCUUUUCCCAUUUUUAGUUGAAGAAAUACAUCCUUAAUUUGAUACUUUUUAGUUAGUUGAAUGUCUAUUGGCAUAAACUGGUGAAGUAGAUAUACUGGUAGGUUGUUAUAUUGAUCAAACCAUCUUCAAUAUCAACUUUCUGCCUUUCCUCUGGUCAAUGAGGUCUGCUGUAUGAGUCUUCAUCUACUGGCUGUAUGAGUCUUCAUCUACUGGCUGUAUGAGUCUUCAUCUAGUGGCUGUAUGAGUCUUCAUCUACUGGCUGUAUGAGUCUUCAUCUACUGGCUGUAUGAGUCUUCAUCUACUGGCUGUAUCUUCAUCUACUGGCUGUAUGAGUCUUCGUCUACUGGCUGUAUGAGUCUUCAUCUACUGGCUGUAUGAGUCUUCGUCUACUGGCUGUAUGAGUCUUCAUCUACUGGCUGUAUGAGUCUUCAUCUACUGGCUGUAUGAGUCUUCAUCUACUGGCUGUUUGAGUCUUCAUCUACUGGCUGUAUGAGUCUUCGUCUAAGGGCUGUAUGAGUCUUCAUCUACUGGCUGUAUGAGUCUUCAUCUACUGGCUGUAUGAGUCUUCAUCUACUGGCUGUAUGAGUCUUCAUCUACUGGCUGUAUGAGUCUUCGUCUACUGGCUGUAUGAGUCUUCAUCUACUGGCUGUAUGAGUCUUCAUCUACUGGCUGUAUGAGUCUUCAUCUACUGGCUGUAUGAGUCUUCAUCUACUGGCUGUAUGAGUCUUCAUCUACUGGCUGUAUGAGUCUUCAUCUACUGGCUGUAUGAGUCUUCAUCUACUGGCUGUAUGAGUCUUCAUCUACUGGCUGUAUGAGUCUUCAUCUACUGGCUGUCUGUUCUCCUUUAUACAUCAUAGUUUACACAUAUUGACGACAACAUCGUUUGCCUUCAAUUGUUCUUAAAAUAACUAAACCUUUAAACAGGAUAUGUAGAAGUUCUGUGUCUUCCUGUCUUUAGCUACGUAUUUCAUAUGAAUGAUAACAUUUUAUUUUUGUUCAUUCUACUGUCAGAUAUCAAGUUUGUUAUCUAUGAGUCUUAACUUCCCUUUUCUUGUGAAUCUUGUUUUUAUAAACGUUCUGUGAAGUUAUAUCGAUACUGUACCUUAUGUAUUUACAACACAAGGAGAAGAAUACUGCUAUAAUUAUUUCAUAUCCUAAGGCCACGUCUUGUCUGGUUCCUUCUGAAACCCUCAUCAAUUAUUUACACCCAACAUAUUAAACAAGAUAAUAGGUAAAUGACCCUGAAAUUAUUAUCUCUAAUCAUUCAUCUAAAUCACACACACCAAUUUGAUAAGGCUCCAGUUUGUUCCACACUAUGUCCGGUUGUAUUCGCUGGACCUCUGAAACUAAGAGGUGAGCUGGGUUCAGGGUUUGGACCUCUGAAACUAAGAGGUGAGCUGGGUUCAGGGUUUGGACCUCUGAAACUAAGAGGUGAGCUGGGUUCAGGGUUUGGACCUCUGAAACUAAGAGGUGAGCUGGGUUGUUCAGGGUUUGGACCUCUGAAACUAAGAGGUGAGCUGGGUUCAGGGUUUGGACCUCUGAAACUAAGAGGUGAGCUGGGUUCAGGGUUUGGACCUCUGAAACUAAGAGGUGAGCUGGGUUCAGGGUUUGGACCUCUGAAACUAAGAGGUAAGCUGGGUAGUUCAGGGUUUGGACCUCUGAAACUAAGAGGUGAGCUGGGUUCAGGGUUUGGACCUCUGAAACUAAGAGGUGAGCUGGGUUCAGGGUUUGGACCUCUGAAACUAAGAGGUGAGCUGGGUUCAGGGUUUGGACCUCUGAAACUAAGAGGUGAGCUGGGUUCAGGGUUUGGACCUCUGAAACUAAGAGGUGAGCUGGGUUCAGGGUUUGGACCUCUGAAACUAAGAGGUGAGCUGGGUUCAGGGUUUGGACCUCUGAAACUAAGAGGUGAGCUGGAUUGUUCAGGGUUUGGACCUCUGAAAAUAAGAGGUGAGCUGGGUUCAGGUUUUGGACCUCUGAAACUAAGAGGUGAGCUGGGUUGUUCAGGGUUUGGACCUCUGAAACUAAGAGGUGAGCUGGGUUGUUCAGGGUUUUGGACCUCUGAAACUAAGAGGUGAGCUGGGUUGUUCAGAUUUGUAUUUUUCAAUAUUUAACCGAUAUGAUAUUGCCGUCAGAUUUCUAUAGUUGUAAUAUAUUGGUGGUAAGAGUGUAUAUUUCUAAACAUGCGGCCGCAUGGCUUCAUUUAAGACACUGACCUGCGUUUGUUUUUCUUGUCUUGCUGUAUCUUAUGCAUGAAGUAAUGGAAUGCUACUACUUUACCAUUAACAAUAUGAAACAGACAACAUAUUUCAGAGGUCUCAUUUCAACUGCUGUGUUAGUGACUUGCUCUGCUCCUACGUUCUGGCAGAGUAGUCAGACCAAUGGAAUUAAAACUAACAUCAACUAACAACUUCACUUUGACAGGAGGACCAAGUUGUGGUUACAUUGUGAGUGUACAGAGACCAUAGAGAUCCUAUAAAUGACUAUGUAUAGACUAAGAAUAUCAAAGGGGACAUUUGUGGCCAAGGAGUUGGGUGACAUUAUCAGGUCAUAUCAUUGACCGUACAUGCAGAAAAAAUCUAUAGCUUGGUGGAACCAGCCUGAUCGUUGCGUUCACUAUGAAAUAGAACCAUGAAAGAGAAAGAUGAACCAGCCUGAUCGUUGCGUUCACUAUGAAAUAGAAUGAUGAACCAGCCUGAUCGCUGCGUUCACUAUGAAAUAGAAUGAUGAACCAGCCUGAUCGGUGGGUUCAAUAUGAAAUAGAAUGAUGAACCAGCCUGAUCGCUGCGUUCACCAUGAAAUAGAAUGAUGAACCAGCCUGAUCGUUGCGUUCACUAUGAAAUAGAAUGAUGAACCAGCCUGAUCGUUGCGUUCACUAUGAAAUGGAACCAAUUAAGAGAAAUGAUGAACCAGCAAUCAGGCUGGUUCCACCAGGCUACAAAAUCAAAUGUCAGCAAUUUGAAUUGUAUCAAAUGGAUGCAUAUGAAACUAGAAGGUUUUACAUUCUAAAUGAAAAAGACUCAUAUGCCAUAGAUACUACAGGUAGGUACAUAUGACUAGUGACUUCAUCAGUAUUGUUUGUGACCAUUGAACUCUUGUUUUAGAGAAACCUUUUUAGUGUAAACACUGUUAUCCUGACACUUUCUACGGCACACAUUCAACAGAAUACAAAAGGCAGGGUAAUAUAGUACUGUGAUGUUUGAUGGACAGACUGUAUGAGGUGAAGGGGAUGAACAAAGAAGUAGACUUUUGUAGGACAUAUAUUUUUCCAGCAUAAUGACAUAAUGUUGCUUUCAUACUGGCCACCCUACCUUAGCCUCCGCUGACCAAUAAGACUCAUGUGUUGAUUGAGAUCAACACCUGUUAACUAGUUGAAUCGUAAUCACUUUAGUAUGAUUUGUCUUGUGUGCUUAAUGCCAAAUACUGUGCACCUUUUCGUGUGGAGAAGCAAAUCCUUCUUAUUUUUUCAAAAAAUAACUUGUUAAUGUGCGAUUAUUGUGACCUGGUGCAUGCUUUGUGUUUUGGUUCUUGUUCUCGAGACCUGUGUGUUCAUGAUUUGUAGCAUUGUUGAAAAUAAAAACUCCCCAUCCUGAAGAA